AUAGCGAAUUUUAUUACUAAUAAGAGAAGUACUCUCUUCUUUAAUAAUAAAAUAUUUCGCCCUUAUACUAUUAUAAUAAAUAUAUCUCAAGGCUCCGUCCUCUUACUUAUCUUUUUUAUUCUCUUUAUUACUUUAUUGUACCGGAAAUUAGUAAUAAUCCUAAAUAUAAUUAUAAUUAAUUUAGCGGACAAUAUUAAUAUUAUUAUAAUAAUUUAUAUUACCGAAGAAAAUUAUUGGACUUUAUAA